AUGCAAUUCCCAGGAUGUCUGAUGGGGACUCCCGGUGUCGCAUUGCAGUUACUUCGUCAAUCAAAAAGAUUACCCAGCUUUGCCAUCGCAAACUCACCACACUCAGUAGUCGACGCCCGCCGGUGGGACGCGGAGCCCCUCCUUGGCCGUCUGGUAAUCGUGGUCCACGCCGCCUUCCUCGAGGCGGGCUUCAUCGUGCGCCGCCGCGGGGACCCGUUGCCUUGCCGGCUUCCGACGGAGGCAGGCGCGAUGGCCUCGACCCUGUCCUUGGAGUACACGGCGCCGCAACUGCUGCCCCGGCACGACAUGGACGGUGCCGCGUUGAGGAUAUGCACUGACGGGCAGUGUUUCCUCUUCUACGUGCAAGUAAGCUCUGUCCGGAGGACCGGCGGCACGUACUGGGCGUGCCUAGACGCGCUCUCCACCGCGCCGCUCCUAUCUGGCGGUCUGGACGACACGGGGCGCCAGCUGCUCGGGACGGCCUCCACGCUCUGGAGGACGGUCAUCAACGGGCUCUGCCGGCGCCUCCUCUUAGACCUAUGCCGCGAGCACGGCGUGGUGCCGGGGCGAGCCCCCACCCUCAUGGCCCUCCCGAGCGACGCCAUGCUGGCGAUCCUGGCGAGGCUCCCCGACGGGAAGGACCUCCUCAGGGUGGAGAGCACCUGCACCGAGCUGAGGCGCCUCGUGGGCGGCCGAGAGCGAGACCGCGAGCUCUGGCUGCCCAGGUACAAGGCGCUGCCGGGGAACACGCUGUGGUGGUCGCUCCGCGGCGGCUCCGACGACGACUUGCUGGGGACGAGUUGGAAGGAGAUAUAG